AUGAGAGCACCGAAGUAUGCACCAAAUAAGAUGGGAAUUCCUAAAUUCGCAUCGGAUAAGGUGGAAAUCCAUACCACACAAGGUGAUGGUAUUGGGCCAGAAAUUUCACAGUCAGUACAAAAAAUAUUCGAAGCAGCAAAAGCACCGAUUGAAUGGGAUCCGGUUGAUGUAACGCCUGUCAAGGGUAGAGAUGGAAUUUUUCGUAUACCUUCUAAAUGCAUUGAAUUAAUGCAUAAGAAUAAAAUUGGGUUGAAAGGACCAUUGGAAACACCAGUUGGUAAAGGACAUCGGUCUCUCAAUUUAGCUGUUAGAAAAGAAUUUAAUUUAUAUGCCAAUGUUCGACCAUGUCGUUCUUUAGUUGGGCAUAAAACUCUUUAUGAUAGUGUUGAUGUCGUAACGAUUCGAGAAAAUACGGAAGGCGAAUAUUCCGGCAUCGAACACGAAAUUGUUGAUGGUGUAGUACAAAGUAUAAAAUUAAUAACAGAAGAAGCAUCGCGAAGAGUGGCGAAAUUUGCGUUUGAUUAUGCUAGCACAAAUAAUCGUAAAAUGGUAACAGCUGUACAUAAAGCAAAUAUAAUGCGUAUGUCUGAUGGACUUUUUUUGAACAUGUGUCGACAAGAAGCUUUAAAUUAUCCAGACAUCAAGUUUAAAGAAGCGUAUCUUGAUACUGUCUGUUUAAAUAUGGUUCAAGAUCCAUCGCAGUAUGAUGUACUUGUUAUGCCAAAUCUUUAUGGUGAUAUUUUAUCGGAUUUAUGUGCUGGACUGAUCGGUGGUUUGGGAGUCACACCAUCUGGAAAUAUAGGGUAUGAAGCUGCAGUUUUUGAAUCAGUUCAUGGUACAGCUCCUGAUAUUGCUGGGCAGAAUAAAGCGAAUCCAACAGCUCUUUUGUUAUCAGCAGUAAUGAUGCUUCGUUAUAUGGGUUUAUCAAAUUAUGCCUCAAAAAUAGAGAAGGCUUGUUUUGAUGCAAUUUCUGAAGGAAAUGAAAAAACUGGUGAUUUGGGAGGAAAAGGUACAUGUUCAUCGUUUACUGAUGAUAUUUGCCGACGAAUUCGUGAUAUACAUGUUUAG